UUAUCGUAUAUUGUGCUGGUUACACUGAUCGCAUCAACAAGAACUUUCUGCUGCAUUUUAGUUUUUAAUUUAUUAAAAACUAAUAUAAUUAUUUGGGCCUGAAAUAAAAUUCUUAUUAUUUAUUGCCAUAAGUCGAUAGCAUGCCUUCCUAUGAAUUGGCGCUUGUUCUGAGGCAACUUCCACGGCCGGAGUUAAUUUCAGUCAUCAAGCGGACAGCUGAAGCAAUCUUCGAUAAAGGCGGUAUAAUUCGAAAGUUCGAAAAUCUUGGCACACGUGCCCUGCCCUACAAAGUGAGCGAGCACGGUGUUAUACACCGAGAAGCAACCCACUUUACGAUUACUUUCGAUUCGGCACCCACAAAAUUGUCAGAUUUAAAGGAGGAAUUCGGUAGAGAUAUCGAUAUCAUACGCAGACACAUCUUCAAAUUGGAAGAGCCAGAGGAACACAAGUGCACAUUGCAUGAUGAAAUGCUGCCACCCUCUUACCGCAAAGAUGUGCAGGAAAUAAUUGAUAUAGCAAAGAGAAAACAAAAACCUAAGUACAACUACAACUCAGGAUUAGAUUAUUAUCCUUUCCAAAAGUAGACUCUAUAACCUUUAAAUAAAACCCAUGAUAAAUUGCUAAAAACA